AUUUGGCUGACGCAUGCGUCUAGCAUACAUGUAUGACGGCGGUGACUGAAUUUUUUUUGCAUACGAAAAUUUUGCUGCUGAAAAGUACGGAAGCAGAAGUGCGUGAAUUAACGUAGUCAGUGAGGAAAGCCAAACAUUUGUUAAUCACAUAUUACACAUUUAGCGGCUCGCGCGAAUUGCAAACAACUCACGUUGAUCGUCGGUUUUUUUUUCGCACGCAGCAGCCUCGUGUAUUUAAUUUUUUUUGCGCAUACACUUACCGAUAUUUUUUGGUUGCACAGGCAGUCACACACUAACAUAUAUAUAUAUAUACACAAAUACAACCAAAGCAACGACGAAGACAAGAAGAGCGACGACGACGUGAAGCGCAGUGAAGAAGAAAAAAAACAAGCGAAAUCGAAAGCAAAAUUUGUCGAUUUGAGUCGAGUCGAAACAAAACUCUUUCAAGUGUGCUAAGCUAAAAAAAUAAGAAUACAAAUUAACAUUCGAAUUUGAAUCUUGUAAAGUAUUUCCAAAAAUCGAAAAAGUAUAGCGCAAAUAAGACACAUACACAUAGAGAGGCCCAUAGAAAACGAAGCAACAGCAGCAGCAGAAAUUCCGAGGACGGACAGGAAUCGGUAGCAACUAUAAGUUAUUAUCAGCAGUAGCAGCCGCAGCAGAAGCAGCAGCACAACCACAAAAUGAAUAAAACGGCACAAUUCGAAGCUCCGUUGACCAUUGAGCCACCGCAUGAGUUGCGUUUUGUUGGUCCUUUCAAUCGACCAGUGGUGACAAUCAUGACCUUGAAAAACAAUACGGUCAGGACACUGGUCUUCAAAAUUAAGACCACCGCUCCGAAGCGCUAUUGUGUACGUCCAAAUAUUGGGAAGAUUGCGUCUUAUCGUACGACGCAGGUGGAAAUUUGCCUGCAGCCUUUUAUGUAUGAUCAGCAGGAGAAGAACAAGCACAAGUUCAUGGUGCAAAGCGUGCUGGCACCACCUGAUGCCGAUUUGACUGAUUUAUACAAGUUGUGGAAGGAACUGGAACCUGAACAGCUUAUGGAUGCCAAGCUUAGGUGCGUAUUCGAAAUGCCGCCUACCGACGACAAUGCAGAGAAUAAUAGUGGCAGCGGCGCCGUCGUCGUCACCGGUGCCGGCUCAACCAGUGCCGGCGGCAGCGUGGGCACCAAUGCGCCGGCAUCUCUCAGCUCUGGGGAGGUGGUCAAGAGCGAUACAACUGUGGCGUCCGUUGCUCCACUGGUAUGCUCACAGAAAUUGACCGAUGCUGAAUAUGCCGCAGCCCUGGCGGAUGAGCUUAGGGACCUACGCGCCCUGAACGGCGAACUGCGAAAAGAGAAUCUACAUUUGAAGGAUCAAGUCACACGCUAUCGUAGCUCUCCGGCCGCCAAGCAGAUCAAUGAGCCCUAUGCUCCGGUUCUGGCUGAGAAACAGAUUCCGAUCUUUUAUAUAGCCAUUGCAAUUGCUGCCGCCUUUUUUGGUCUGUUGCUGGGCAAGUUUUACCUCUAAAUGCCAUAACAACAACAGCAACAACUACAACAACGAACACAACAACA